GCUUCCAAUCUGGGAGGGACUCUCGAAGCCGAGUCCACGUUAUGAGGAUGACAGUCACUGUCAGAGCAGGAGAUGGGCCUCACAUUGCCCUCAGCGUGCAACUUCCCUCAGCUGCCUUCACCUGCCUGGGAUCGGGUCAAUCCAGCUCUUUACAGUUACUUCCCUGAGACCCCGGGCCGCGGAAUUGGCUGAAAACGGUCUGGGCUACACGGGCAGAUUGCCGGUCUCUCUUAAAUGA